CGGCCUCUGUGCGCGCUCGCGCCCCGCCCGCGCAGCCGCCUCUCCCCGCGCGGGCUCUCGGCAGGCGGGAGGCGGCAGGGCCGGCGUUGCAGUGCGGGCCGUGCGGGCUGCGCGGGCGCGGGGAGGCGCGGGCGGCAAACUGCGGGCAGCCGGCACCCCGCAGCCAGUACCGGGCGGAGGCGUCAGAGCCGCGCACCGCGGACGAGGAGGCCCAGGCAUCCAGUACCCUGCUGACUCUGACAUGCCCCCAGCCUCCCCCAGCUCUGCAGGGAGCCCUGGUGCCGGAGACCUUCUCCCACUUCUCCCUAUGGGCGCCUGACCUGAGGGCAGAGCCGUCUGACUGUGCAUAAGCACAGCAGGACACCAGGACCUGGCCUGAAGACAUUUCCUCUCUUCCCCUCUGGACUUCUCAGAGACUGUUCUGCGAUGACCGCAGCAAGGUACCGGCCCACCUGGGACCUGGCCCUCGACCCGCUGGUGUCUUGCAAGCUCUGUCUUGGGGAGUACCCAGUGGAGCAGAUGACAACCAUAGCCCAGUGCCAAUGCAUCUUCUGUACUCUGUGCCUGAAACAGUAUGUUGAGCUCUUGAUCAAAGAAGGAUUAGAAACUGCAAUUAGCUGCCCAGAUGCUGCCUGCCCUAAACAGGGCCACCUACAGGAGAACGAGAUUGAGUGCAUGGUUGCAGCUGAAAUUAUGCAAAGAUAUAAAAAGCUACAAUUUGAAAGAGAGGUGCUGUUUGAUCCCUGUCGGACUUGGUGCCCGGCGUCCACCUGCCAGGCUGUGUGUCAGCUCCAGGACGUGGGGCUGCAGACCCCCCAGCCAGUGCAGUGCAAAGCUUGCCAUAUGGAAUUCUGCUCCACCUGCAAAGCCAGCUGGCACCCUGGCCAGGGCUGCCCGGAGACCAUGCCGAUCACCUUCCUGCCCGGGGAGACCAGUGCUGCUUUCAAAAUGGAAGAGGACGACGCGCCCAUCAAGCGCUGCCCCAAGUGCAAAGUCUACAUCGAGCGAGACGAAGGCUGCGCGCAGAUGAUGUGCAAGAACUGCAAGCAUGCCUUCUGCUGGUACUGCCUGGAGUCUCUGGACGAUGAUUUCCUCCUGAUACACUAUGAUAAGGGACCCUGCCGGAACAAGCUAGGCCACUCCCGGGCAUCUGUGAUCUGGCAUCGGACACAGGUCGUGGGCAUUUUUGCAGGAUUUGGGCUCCUGCUCUUGGUGGCCUCACCUUUCCUACUCCUGGCCACUCCCUUUGUACUUUGCUGCAAGUGCAAGUGCAGUAAAGGUGACGACGACCCGUUACCCACCUAGAGGAAGCGCGAUGCUGGAACACAUCCCUGCCUCCAGGAAGUGUGGCUCUCCCCCAGCCCUCCCCACCGUCCCCCCCUCACUAAACAUCUUUCUUGCCUUAUGUGCCCCAUUGAGCUUCACAGUGUCAGGCUGGACGCCGUGAUUUCAGGGACCUAUGUCACAACGUUCGCUGAGGCCCCAGGUGUGGUGGAGAGGGGAGGCAGGUGUGGGUAGAGCACAUCCCCACAGAUCAAUCUCUGCAGAUGACAGGGAGGUGCUGUGAGAAGUGCACCAGGCAGCUUUCUCUCUGUGGUAGACUAGGCAUGUCUGGGGAUGGCCUAAGAGACUUUUUCCUCCUUGGCUUCUAGAUGGCACCAUGUUGUCAGAGAAGUCUUUUAAGGACUGCCACUCUCUUCAGACAGAAUCUGAUUAUCCCAGCUUGAGAAAAGCACUCUGUUUAUGACAACUGUUUUUAUUACUAAUGGCAUUUAGUAAAAUCCUUUUUAGAAGGUAUUUUUUUCCAACUGAGUAGUGAAAAUCAACAAGGUGCAUAUAAACCAUCCUAUGCCUUUCUUGAAAUGUGCAUUUUAAGAAGUUAUAGUUAAACGACUUUUCAGGAGAUUUAGAAAGCCUUAUGCACUCUUUGUGUUUUUCUUGAAACUUGCUGUAAUAACUUUUUGAACGCUGUAAGCUAUGUACUGUUAUAAAUGUGGUUCCUAUAUUGUUGCAUUUCCUUGAUAAUAUUGACAUGUUUAAAGGAACAUCUCAUCUCCAUUAGAUUUGCCUUUUGUUGUUUUCUCUCUUUGGUGAUUCAGCUCAGCUCAUGGGCCUCAUCCCUUCUCUCCCAGGUAGCAGAAAACGCUUUUUAUUGUAUUCAAUCCAAUUGCUUUGCUUGGAAGUGGCUCUCCUCCGAAUUGCUGCCGUCUGGCCUCUGGCCUCAGUCUUCCGGUAGACAGUAAGAAGAAAGCAGCCUCAUUGAUCCGCAGACGUAGGGCCUCUUGGCAGAGGCUGGGGGACUCUGGGGCUAGGGAAGAGCCUGCCAGAUUUUCACAUUUUUAAAAUGCUCUAGUCAUUUUGAGAAAUCAUAUAUCUUACACAGUUCCAAGUCCUAUUGCUAACCAUUUUGCUCUUGUUGGGGAAAAGAACCUCCCAUUUCACUUCAUUUUAACGUGGGGAUUUUACCACUUGAUCUUUUACAGGGCUGUCUGUGACCGUUUCCAUGGCAGCAGGAUGCAGGGAUUAAUAAGGACACACACAUUACUCCACUGAUUGACUUUGAAAAGUGGAGAAAGUAUAUUCUUUAAAGAGAAUUUACUUCUAAAGGCCACAGGUGCUUUUACAAAGCAAACUGCAUUGAACUUAAAACUUCUAAAAAUAACAGGCAAAUAUUGUAGAUAUAUUACAGUGCGAUUUUAAAAAUCUUGUUAAACAUUCUAUAAAGAAGUAAAACAAAAACAAAAUCCUUUUAUCUCAGUUAUUUGCUCAUCACAAGCACAUUUUUUAAAUGUUGCUUUGUGUGUGUUUGACUUCUGCAUUUGAGUAUCAGUCUCAGGUCCUAGUUUACCUUCCCUGGUUGGAAAUUUAUUUCUUAUUUCCUAACAUUGAAUUUGUUAGAAGAAAUAGCGUCACCUCACUCUUCACCUCUCAUGUUGAUUUUCCUUAUGAAACCGAAGCCAUUUAGAAAAUCCCUCUGUGUCAAAAUUACAUUCAAAAAGCUCUCCUUGUAAUUGCAAGUUUAGUAACUCAGUAAGAACAUGCCUGCGACUCCCUUUCUGGAUGAAACCUGGGCUGUGGCUCUCUGUAGUUUGUGGUGCUGUGAUGGUGUCUACUGUUAGACUAGCUUUUCUGGAGGUGGGUGGCAACUCCAUGCGGGAGUCAUUGGUUGGGCUUGAGCCCUCAGCCUGUGAUAUGUGGAUGCAGCUGUCCAGCCACUGCCCUUUAAAAUGCCCAGCACAUAUGGGAGGCCUGUGGCCCUGUGUCCAGUGGCUCACAGGACACACCUCCACCAUAUGCUCAUCUUUCCUGCCUGAAAUUGCGGCUGCCCAUCGCAUGAGCCCACACAGUAGCACCCCCAUCCUUAGGAUGAGAGUCAGAGCCUUUGGAAAGGCUGCAUCCCCAGGGCUAGAGCUCAGAUGAUCUUAUUUCUAGAGGGACAGGCUGUUCUAUUGGAAGAGUCUCUGGCCCAGUCAUGCACAUCUGUAGCUCCAGCUAUCCUUGUGCCUUCACCUCUGAUAUGUUUCACAAGCACGUAGUUCAACCCAGAUAGGGACCACAGAGAUUCUGGGGCCAGCCAGGGGCAGUCAAAUUAGCACCUGCUCGCUCUUUUUGUAUGAAGCAUGCCUCAGUUUCCUCAUUUUGAUCUAGGUAUAAAAUUAAAAUUGUCCAUUUCCUGUAUAAAUACCAGCAAGAUCACUCUGAGAUACAUAAACUCACAUUUCCUUCUGUUUUAGUAAGGAAUGCCAGACUUAUCUUUGAUGGGAAUACAGUAUGAACCCUGCUCGAUGUAAAAUGGAAAUAGCACACAGGCAGAUGGCCCUGGGUUUGGACUUUGGUCUUGCCAUCACUCCCCAGUAAAACCUGGGGAGUUCUGCAUUGAGUGAACGGACUUAUUCCUGUGAAGUGGCAUAAUUUGUCUCAAUUGAAAAAUGGCAUUCACUCUUACAGAUGGUGUUCACUGCAAGCCCCAGAAGCACAUGGCAUGUGUUCACUAAGAGGCCUUUAAUCCUGGGGAGUAAGGGGCGAAGGCCCUUAGACAACCAUGGCUGCUGUACUGCCGCCCAGGUGGGGUGGCCAGUGAGGACUGGCCAUAGCUGAGUGGACCUGUGGCUUCUCUGAGGCCCUUGAGUAACUGACCACAUUUGGAGGUUUUGCUGGACAUGCCUGACCUCUCGGUCUGGCUCUGCUGUGUAGUCCAUAGCCCAGCCAGAUGAGCUUGCAGCCUCACAGGAGGCCAGCACCUUGCAAAGAUGCAGUCACUAUAGAUGUCCACGUAGCAGAGACUGACUUAGGAUCUGAGAUAAAGCACUGGAUUGCAGGAAUAACUGUCCAAAUUAGUUCUUCCUCCUCAAUUCACAGGAGUAGCUGUGGACAGAGGAACCCGCAUCUGCCACCUCUGGCAUUUUCUUUCUUUUUUUUUCUUUUUGAGACAGAGUUUCGCUCUUGUCGCCCAAGCUGGAGUACAAUGACAGGAUCUCGGCUCACUGCAAGCUCCACCUCCCAGGUUCAAGCGAUUCUCCUGCCUCAGCCUCCCAAGUAGCUGGGAUUACAGGUGCCCGCCACCUCGCCCAGCUAAUUUUGUAUUUUCAGUAGAGACGGGGUUUCACCAUGUUGGCCAGGCUAGUCUCAAACUCCUGACCUCAGGUGAUCCACCCACCUUGGCUUCCCAAAGUGCUGGAAUUACAGGCCUGAGCCACCGCACCUGGCCUAUUUUCUUAAAGGGCAACAAAUGAUCUUGACAAUAUAUUACUCCAUAAAACCAGUUUAGGGCACAGGCCAGUUCCUGAUUAGAACACAGGGCCCAUGGGAGGGACUAUCAGAGAUGCAAAAAUUACGUCAAGAUGAGUUUAUUGUUUUCAUUUGUAUUGCAAAAGUUAGAAGUCAUUUUACAAAUUAAAAAAAAAAAUUUUCUUGGUAGUCUUUAAAAAUUAGGGGAUUGAAAGGAUCCAGGAUGGGCUUUGUGUGUGUGUCUCAGAUUCUCAUUUAUUAGUGAGCACACCUGUGUGUAUAUAUAUAAAUCAGAAGGAGAUCAUCAAGGGAAAACAUUUUGCAUGUGUAAAGUUUCAUGAAGUUCUCUUUAAAAAAUACCAAAGCUUGUUUAUUUCUGAUAAUUAACCUAAGCCCUUAUGAAAAUAAACAAAAUGAAGGGAUUAUGACCGGUAUUACCAAAAACACCAAAAGGAACAAAGGGGCCUGCAUUAAAACCUAUUUGCUAAUGCUUCACAACUAGGAGAGCAUGCCGUCUUGAUGUUUAAAAAACCCAGGGUCUCCACCCUUCCUUUGAUUUGUGCAAUUCUGUCUUCCACAGUUCCGGAGCCUUCAGCGAGGGGUAGCUACAUGCCCCAUGCCUGCCCUUUCUUUCCUUCUUUGCUCACUUUACUAUGGGUGUAUUUUAAUCUUGUAUAAAAAUAUGCAUGAAUGAGUCAUGCACAUACGUUAUGUAUUUGACAAGUGGUGGUAAAACAAAAUCAAAACAGAUUUGAUUUGUGUUUUUGAAAUGUCAGUACAUUUUGUGCCACUAACACUGUGAUGUAUAAAAGAGCUGUUUGAAUGCCUUUUAAUGUUGUGUUUUGUACUCUGGAAUCAUAUGGAAAAAGUUUGAUUUGUAAUUUCAAUACAUAUUUUAAAUGUA